AUGGGCGCCAGGAAGCGUCAGGGAUCAGCAGACGCUGAGGGCGCUCCAGCUUGCAAGGUUGCGCUCCCUCGCCGCGGCAAGGCUUCGGGCAGUGGCGCCGACCCCGUGGCCUGCGCCCGCUGCUCGGAGCCCGUGGAUCGACAGUCUGGCUUUCGAGGCAAGGCCAGCGGACGCAGUGGUCUGCCGAUGCACGGCUGCGACCAGUGCUACACGGGGUUCAUUCGCCACUUCCAGCAGGACAUGGCCUGGCAAGACUUUGUCGAGAGGUGCCAUGAGGACGGGGACUUCAACAAGGACUGCGAGAGUAAGUGGCAGGCCGACUCCGAGCUUGCCGCCAGUAUUGAAGAUGCUCUUGUGGAGCACGGCAGCGUCGAAGUUGAUGUGAUCUACGGCCAGGAGAUCAGCAAGACGUCGAUACAGUUAUCCAAGGACCAGUGGACGGAGAAGGUCUGCCCGAAGGGUGUGGCUGGCAUAUCGCCUGGGAUGUGCAAGGUGGAGGAGACUCGGGUUGCCUCUUCCAUUCAACCAGGCGUGAGCUCGACUGGCGUCGUCUGCCAGCACCCGAGUAGGCCCUACACGAAGAUCAAGAACUACACCAGGACAGAAGUUCGCAUGAGCACGGUCAAGAUCACGGCCUCGAAAGCGGCAGCCUCAGGAGGAGAGCAACCGACGUUCAAGCAGGAGAUCACUAAGAUCAGACAGAAACAGGCGACGAUACUCAGAGGGAAUGCCAAAGUGCCGACGCUCGCCCAGUUGCAGGACAUUGCAGCCUCGGAGGCUACCAGCCGUGGGCUCCUGGUGGCGCCAAAGGCCUCUGGUGCAUCGCGCGCUGCUUCGGAUCUCCUGGCCAUCGAGGACGCGGACGCCGCGGCAGCGUUUGCGACCGCUAGGGGCUCUGCCGCUCGCCGAGAAUCGGGCGCCAGCUCUGCGACGCAGGCCAAGGCUGCUACUCCUACGUCGUCGCGGAUCGUGAGGCUUUCGUCAGGUAACUUGGCUGCCUUGGAUUCGCCAGCAGGCGGGCCUGGAUCACCUGCCCCAGUUCGCGACCGAUCGAGGUCGCCAGCGCCAAGCCACGCGACGCACGUGAGCUCUGGGCGCAAGGUUGUUCCGAAGGCCGCGCAGGGCGCCCUGGCCAACGACGAGAUUCGGUGGGAGCAGCUGAAGCAGGACGUCGUCAUCUCUGACAUCCUCGACGGAGCCCUGAAAGGCGAUCGCGUGUACUCCUUGAAGAGGUUCAAGCCUCAGUCGCCCAGCAUGGCAAUCAUGGUUGAGACAUUGUACAAGAAGGCUGAGACAGCGACGCUGCUAGCGAACAACCUGAGCGAGAUGAGUUGGGAUCAGAUCGGUGCGCACCUCAAGGUUCUCUCAAAUGAGGAGGUCGAGAGCGCCUCCAACUUUUCACAGGACCUGCUCAGGAAGUACUUGCAGCUGGCCGAGCCUACGAUCGAUCAGAUCACGGAUGCGAUCGCGCCUGUCACAGCUUGCGCCGACGCCUUCAGCAUGUACGAGCCCAAGCUCUCUAGCAUGACGGGGUCCAUCGACUCCAGGGUGGCGGUGUCUCGGGAGAUCCGCAUGGACAUCGUGGUGCUUCCUGGCUUGGAGAAGCCUGCCUUGGUCGAUCACAUGCAGGCGCUUGGCAUCAGGUUGACCGACCAGUUCAGAGCUACCAUGCCAGAGUGGAGCGCCAGCGUCAAGGACUACUACGAGAAGGUUGCGGGGGCGGGGCUCUUGCUGACCCACUUGGGCAACGGCGACCCCGAGACGUUCUCGGACUGCGCUCCACAUAUGCCGUUGCUGGCAAAUUUGCUGACAGGGGGGUUCUCGGAUACAGAUUGGACGCCUCUCUCUGAAGCCUUCGGGAAGCACAGACCUUGGGCCGAAUGGAAGUCUUCGUUUCGACGGGCUGCGUCGACUGACCUCCAAGCUGCUCCGAAGAUGAACGCGUUGAUCAUGAAGUUGAAAGCCGCAGACCUCGAUCAAGAGGGCCUCGAUGCUCUUACAUCUGCAAUCUCGUCCAUCGGCCAUUGGAGGAAGACGUGCCGUGGCAAGGCAUCGUCGACGCUGAAGGCGGAGCAGGCAGUCGAAGACACCAUCAAGAGGCUGGCAACUACGAUCCUCGACAGUUCCGAGGCCCUCGUCAACUUGGACGUCUUGGGCAAGCUCGAGGAGAUCAUGCACCACUUCUCUGUGGCUGCGGAGUUCGCGCUGGUCGAGGAUGGUGGUAGACUGGCGGGUAUGUACGCUCGCUUGCUGGACAAGCGCAACGCUGCCGAGACCUGCAGGGGCGAGGCUGAGAUCCUGGAGGCGGCUCGCAAGUACCUAAGCGAUCCCAUCGAGAAUAACGCGGACGCUCUGCACAGCACCCUCCAGCGCAACAUGAAAGUUGCCAUCAGCGGGGGGAUUGAGAUCACCGUCAUCGCGAGGACUGUAGCCCUGCUCCACCAGAAGAUCGAGCUGCUGAGGACGACCGACGUCGACGAGCUGGCGAAGGGACCUGAGUUCAGCACGUUGGUCCGCAGGGGCAUGCUGCUGGAGAGCAUCGGAGACCUUCUGAUGAAGACGAUCAAGCACGACGGCGACGGGUCCAGCCUCAGGUCACGCGUGGGAGAAGCAGUCAGGGCGGCGAGCGAGGUCAGCAAGAAGCUUGCGACCAUCGCUGGUGGCAUGAGCGACGGUAGCGGUUGGCUCGAUAGCUUCGUUGGUGACCAGUCGAGUUUCGACGAGAUCUACGCCCACAUGCGGACCACGAUCUUUCGCCAGAUCGGCAUCAUCAACAAGAUCAAGUCUCUCGAGCGUGAGCUUCGCGAGAAGCAGGCCGACUUCACGAAGAUCGCUGGCGACUUCAACGUUCCAGAGUUGGGCUUCAAAGAGGCCCGAGACGAGUGGCAGCAGACAGUGGCCAAAGCAAACUUGACGGUGUCAGUGGCUUCGCUGGCGCAGUCGGUGUCGUCGAAAGGGCCUCAAUCGGUGGAUGCACUCCAGCGCAACAUCGACGCGAUGCAGGCCAGGUCAGUGGCCGUGGAGGCGAUCCCGCCAGCGCUGCGGGCCGAGGUCCAGCGCAAGCUGGCGCAGUGA